AUGACUAUUGAGUGGCAGCAUGAGCGGUGCUUGCAGCUGGUGUGGCGCAAGGUAUUCCUCCCCGCCCUACGCCGCCCCCCUACCUCCCAGCCCUCCACCUCCUCCUCCUCCUCCGCGUCCACCCUCUCGGCCGCCUCGUCUCUCUUCUCCUCGCUCGCCUCUGCCGCCUCUACCAGCGCCUCCUCCCUGCCCUGGCCGGGCGGCAGCACCGUGGGCGGCGCACUGGGAAUGGGUGGCCAGAAGAAGCCGGCAGCACCUGUGGCAGGCGGAGUGGGAGUCUCUCCCUUUCUUCCCACUCCCCUGUCUAAACUCACGUGCCCAUUCUCCCUUUCCACCCUCUUCUCCUCUCAUCAACCCAUCUCCUCCCAUCCCACACCCUCUUCUCCUCUCAUCAACCCAUCUCCUCCCAUCCCACACCCCUCUUCUCCUCUCAUCAACCCAUCUCCUACCAUCCCACACCCCUCUUCUCCUCUCAUCAACCCAUCUCCCAUCCCACACCCCUCCAAGCUGGUGGGUGUGGAGCGGUGGAGAGCGGUGCUGCACGAUGCAUCCUUCAGCCUGUGUCCGCAGCGUGCCAUGGGGCGAUGCUGUGGCUGCCUGUACCUGCUGGAGAAGCAGGUCUUAGAGCACUGUCUCAUGCGUCUCGACUCAGCAAUCUUCAACGCACUCCUGCGCUCCAACCCUGACGCACCGCCUGCCGAACCUCUUGCCGACCCUGUCACCGAGCCUGCAGCCCUGCCGUUCACAGCCACGGGCAAGCUCACCUACUCGCACGGCAUGCACCUUAAAUACGCCACGUCAGCAUGGGCGACCAUGUUUCACGACCUCGACGCUCACAUGCACGCUCAGAUCGACUAUCUCCUCACAUCCUCCCAUCCGCCCAACCCCUCCGCACCGCUCCCCACCCCUCCGCCUUUCUCCUCAUCCCUCCUUGCCACCACCACUGCCUUCUGGGCUGGAGCCCUCGACCCCUCAGACCCCUCCCCUUCCUCCUCCCCCUCCUUCUUCUCCUCCUCUUCCUCCUCUUCCUCUGCCUCUUCCGCCACUCACCCCGCCUCUCCUUGCUUCCCUCCCAGUGCUGCGGCAGCAGCGGGGGCGGCAGUUGCAGUGACGGGGGGUCCGGGGGAGUGCUUUCCGAAGCUGAGGGCGAUGGCGCAGGUGCUGCUGCUGCCUAAGGACCUGUUGGCCGACCAGGAGGCGAGGAAAGAGGUAUGUGGCGAUCUGACUCUGGCCUUGCUGCGGCGCAUUCUCCUCAUCUUCGCCCCAGACGCCAAUGCCCCCGACCCCGUCUCCUCCACCCUGCUACAGCAGCUCAACAGCGAGGUCCACAGCGAGUCGCGACGGGGCAAAGCCAACCCUUCCACGGACCUCGCCCCACUCCCCGCCACGCCCUACACCCCACCACCCUCGCCAUCCAUCCGUCUCCUCCUGGGCUCAGUGCGGCUGCUGCACCUAUCCCAUGCGGGCUCCUCUGGUCUGGCUCUCGACCGCGGGUAUGACAGCGACGAGGAGCUGCGGCUUGUAGAGUCCCCCGCUGACCUCCUCGCCCACAUGCUGCUUGAGCUUGACAGGGGCGGCAGUGCAGGUGGUGGUGGUGGUGGUGGUGUUGGUGGUGGUGGAGGGGCGAGUGGGAAGGGUGGGGCGGGGAGGGGUGCGAUGGCGGGAGGGAAGGCGCGGGUGGUGGGGUACAGGGACGGGUAUAAGAGCUCGGGGUACCAGCUGCUGGCGGAUAUGUGGAGCAGACAGGCUGCUGCUGGCAGUGGCAGUUCUGCCUCCUCCUCACAAGCCUCUGCUGGCAGUGGUGCAUGGUAG